AACCACCAGGAGAGGCAGAGAGGCGAGCUCUCGUGAGGCGAGGAACCGACGGAGUUGGUGGUCGAUGCGCGUUCACUACGGCUCACGCGGAGCUCCACGAAGACGUCGUCCACGGGGAAGUAAUUUCGACCGAUAUCGUUUGCUUUUCUUCUUAUCUCUCCCUCCGGAAUCUCCCCCCCGGAAAUCUCAUCGGCAGCUUCCGAAAUCAUAGAAUUCCGGUGCACGAGUUAUCGCUGACUUUUUAUUGAAAAACGCAUUUGAGAAAAAGAGAAACAAAAAAAAUGAACAAAGGUAAAAAUCGAAUGGGCGCGUAAAAAUUUCGCGGGAUAUUAUCGCACGUUGAACUAUCAGCGAUAGUUUCCUCGUCUAUCGCCUUCGACGUAAUUGGCCGAGCGUUCGUUCUUCCGGCGAGAACGUCGGACGAGGAGGUGUCGGUAGAAGGUAGAGAGACACGGAAUCCACCUCCGCGGGCGGCAAGGUAAAGAAUAUCCUCCCCACUUGAAUCUCGACGGAGGGAAAAAGGGACCGAGUCAACUUGAGAAGAGGACGUGGAGGACGCGGAGGUAGAGGAGAUACCGGCUGAUCAUUGGCGGACAGAAUACGGCUGGUGGGGGGUCAGCCCCCGAAGAACGAGGUGGGGCAGGGGCGCGAAGAAGACGACGCACCGACUCUGAUGACGGGGAGAGAGUUGGUCGGGGGUGGCGGAGGCGGGGUAGUAAGGAGGAGGCGAUGCGGAGGACAGAAGCUGGAGGAUAGAUCCGAACCACGUCGGGACUGAGGGCGGACGGAUCGACUGAACGACCGAACGAACGAACGAACGAACGAACGAAGAAACGGAGGUACCGACGCGCUGGUCGCUGAAAAACGUCGAGACGCCGGUCGACGCCGAGAGGGGGAUAUUCGUGGUGGAGAACGCGAAUCCGACGUCUCGAGCGAGACAACUUGAGGUGUCGCUAACGGAUCGGCAACGACGCCGCGAGGUGUUAUACCUUUAAACGUGCCGGAGGGAUUUAAUUUCAACCCAUCAAUCGGCCCCGGUGCUUCGGGGACAGUCGAUUUUAUCGUUCGUUCAUACGUGUCCGUCGUUCGGUGGACACCAGGAGCUCACGAUUCCGAUUCCGUUGAGUAUAUCGAAAAGAGCCGCUAACUGCGUUCGAAGCGUUCGUUGAUCGCGAUCGGAGGAUGAAGAAGAGACUACUGUGCAACUGACGAAUCAUAAAUCACGUAGAUAGGACGAAAUUUCGUUAAUUGCAUGAAGAAAAAAAUUAACAAGUUUCGGUGAAUUUAACCGAUCUGCGUUACAACCGCUGACGUUUCCGUUUAUAAUAUUAAAAUACCGGGAGGCAAGUGUUCGGGAAUAAAUAAUAUUGGUGACCUGCAUGGCUCUGGGAACUGAUAAAGGCGUUAGUGUUUUGUUUUCAAGAUUGUUUCAUUCCGUUCAACGAUGAGAUCCAAGCCGGUGGCGAGAAGACUGGCACAGGGAAGUAGCGACGAGGGCGAGGCACCCGGUGGAGCGGGAGGAGGCGGCGGAGGAGGAGGCAGCGGGGGAGGCGAGGACACGGACCUCGAGGAGAAUUUAGCCGGUCCGAACAGCAACCCCAUUUAUCGGGACCUCAAACCACUCCACGCGACCAGCGCCCACGACGUUCCUCAGGAGUAUCCGCAGACCAGACCGGCCUACCAACAGGAGUUUCCCGCCACCGCGAUGGACAGACAACAUUACGACAAACAACCGCUACCCCUCGUCAGGGAGGACGAACUCAAACCUUGGGCGUACGAGAAACAGGAGCGGAGGGAGUACGCCCGUGCGGUUGACCUCUAUCGCGGAGAGUACCGUGACAUGAUAAAGCAGGAAUCCAGGGAGUCCAUGAAGGACACGUCCCCCCGGGAGUGGAUAUCGCCGGUCCCCGAGGUAGAGAUCGGACGAUCGCCGUUGAGCGGUCCGCUGGUCAGAGCGAGGCGCGACAUAGCGAGGGGCUCGCGGUUCGGACCCUUCCUCGGCAAAUGGGCCAGCGAACCCUUCAAUCCUCAUUACGCGUGGGAGGUACGCAUCGCCGGUAACGGAGUGAGGGGUUGGCUCGACGCAUCUCACGAGGCAAGCAAUUGGCUAAAAUACGUGAGGAGUACGACGAGUCCGCACGCGGUGAACAUGCGCCACGUUCUGAUCGGUGGCCAGAUGGUGUACGAAGCCAUUAGAGACAUAGCGGCCAGCGAAGAACUCCUCCUCGGUCUGAGGGAGCCACUUCAGCUGCAGGACAUGCUCGGCGAAAAUACCGCGGAGGAUAGAAGCGACAGGGAAACCGCCUCUCAGCACAGCGAAACUAUCGACGAGGACAGAGAGGAGGAGGAAGAAGGUGACACAAGGUGCACCGUCUGCGACAAACCGUUCCAGGAUAUCGAAUUACUCGACGGACAUCUGGUCACCUGCCACAGGUAUCCCGCCGAACAAUACAGGUGCGAGACGUGUCCGAGGGGGUACGCGUGGAGACCGCUGCUCGUUCGUCACCGAGCCAUAGUUCACGGGGACUUGAGAAAAUACCCAUGCGAAAAUUGCCCGAAGGUGUUCACUGAUCCCUCAAAUCUCCAGCGCCACAUUAGAACGCACCACGUUGGCGCCAGAAGUCACGCCUGUCCGGAGUGUGGAAAGACCUUCGCCACCAGUUCCGGUCUGAAACAGCACACCCACAUACACAGCAGCGUAAAACCCUUCCAAUGCGAGGUCUGCUUCAAGGCCUACACCCAGUUCUCUAACCUCUGCAGACACAAGCGAAUGCACGCCAACUGUCGCACUCAGAUAAAGUGCGGUAAAUGUGGAAAGUCAUUCAGUACGGUAACGGCGCUCACUAAGCAUAAACGAUUCUGCGAUUCGACCGCCGCGACCGGACCACCGGGAGCCAUGCCUCAGCUUCCUCCUUCCGGGGCAAGUCCGUUCUUGGUUUAUCCGAGACCUCCCGGAUCGCUUCCCGGUUCCCUGUCGUUUUACCCGCCGAAUCUGAUGGGUCCGUAUCCAGGGAUAUUUCCGAACGCCUCGAACUUCAUGAACAGCUCGUUGCUCUUCCCACCGAAGAUGGAGGAGCUCGAGAAGCGUUGCGAAAGUCCCAAGAAAGAGCGUUUCACACCUCCGCGCGUCCCAUCGCACCACAACAAAGUUUCACCCUCGACCGCGGAAGAGGCGACCUCGACGUUCAGGCCUUCCCCGGCGAGACCCCCGGUUCAACCGACCCCCGAAAGUGACGAGGAGCCGACGUCGAAGCAGAGGCAGCAGAGAGCCGAAAAACACACCGAGGCGGAGGCGAUGGACAUGUCGGGCGACCAGCCGCUCGAUCUCAGAGUCGAAACUCGCAGACACCAGACGCCCAGCAUCGCCGAAAGUCACAGUCCGUCGCCGGUGCCGGUCGUCGAGGAAAUUCCACCGGAACCACCGAGAAGAGUGAAGGAGGAAGAACGCGUCGAGGUCAAAGUCAAGGAUCUCAGCCCGGCCCGCAGCAUAGUGGAACAACCCCCGACGAAUCCACCCCCUCACAUGGCGUAUCCCAGGCCGAUCCACCCCAUGUUCCUGGAAGCGAUGUACCGCGCACCCUCCGGAACUUUUCCCGGUUUUCCGGGAGGACCUCCACCCGGCGGAGGACCCGAAUCUAGGCUCCUACCGCUACCUCCGCCCUUCGGACCGACCCGCAGUAGCUUUCCUUUUUUAGGACCACUGGCGAACGGGUUGAGCGGUGGUAGACCGGGUAGUUUCGAUCUCCUUGCUCGUCCGCCGCUCAGCGCGUUCCCCGGUAUGAAGCCAUUUCAAGAGGUGAUAUCCCACCACCAUCACCACCACCACCACGCUCACGGUAAAAUGAAAGAUCGAUAUUCCUGCAAAUUUUGUGGCAAGGUAUUCCCCAGAUCGGCGAACUUGACGAGACACUUACGUACGCACACCGGCGAGCAACCUUACAAAUGCAAAUACUGCGAGAGAUCGUUCAGCAUUUCGAGUAACCUUCAACGUCACGUGCGGAACAUUCACAACAAAGAGAAACCGUUCAAGUGUCCGUUGUGCGAACGAUGCUUCGGUCAGCAGACAAACUUGGACCGCCAUUUGAAGAAGCAUGAAGCGGACGACGGGAGCGGCGUAGUCUCGGUCGCCGAUUCGCCCGGUAGCAGCAACGAGAACGAGAGGGAGGACACGUAUUUCGACGAGAUUCGUUCGUUCAUGGGAAAAGUAUCGGAAGGUGACGGUUACGGUAUUCCGCACCCUUACCCGGCGUAUCUGCCCGGUCGUCUCCACGAUCUCCACGAGCCAAAAACCGAGAACGAGUACGACGACGACGACGAAAGCGAAGAGGGAAACGCGCCCCUCGAAGAUGCAGACGCCAUGUCUCCGAUGGAACCGAAAGGAUCACCGCCUCCGCCGUACGAGUUGGUGAUAAGGGAUAAGCAGGAAUUGCUCAACAAUAACACGGCGGAGCCAGUGAUAGAGAUAUCGACAUAGCCAAUUGUACGAUUACGUCUGAAAAAUCGUCCGUGACUACCUGACAAGAUAAUGAGAAAAACGAGAAGAGAAGACAAUUUGAUUGUACAUCUGAUUCGGUAUCGUUAUCGAAGUAACGUUAUUGCUGCGAUUCAGAGCAUCAGUUUUUCGCUAAUUGUCAUAGUUCCCCCCCCCCCCCCCCCCACACACACACCGUUGUUACAUAUAAAUACUUUGCGAAUUCGCGUGAAACGUAAUGCAGAAAAAUCCCCAAAGGAUCUCAGAGAUUCGUCUAAUUCGUAAGGGCUCUUCGCGAUAGCUAGUUCCUACCACAAACUCGUCGAUUGUUAUAAUCCAUAGGCAAACGGAAUACACUCAUGCAAAUUAUAAACGCAAGCACCUGUUAUCGGGUGAACAGAAAUUUCAUUACUCAAAUUUCCAUUGCUGCAUUAUCAAAAGCCACACCACCAGGCCCCCGAUAAUUGUUCACUUGUAUCUACGAUCGUACCGUACCCAUGUUCAAACGAUAUGGUAUUUCCUACUAUUAAAACUUCGUUACUGCUUUGUGCCGGUAUUUAUUGAAAUUAUUAUUAUGUUUAUUAUUUCAUGGUCAUUGAUAUUAAUAAAGAAAAAUUACAGUUACUGUCACUACUAUUACUAUGACCAUACUUAUUACUAUUGUUAAGAUUAUUAUUAUUACGAUUAUUGCUAUUAUGAUUAUCACCAUUUUUACUAUUAUUGUAGUUAUUACAUAACGUCAGUUUAGUUAGUAUCAAAACCAUUAUCAACAUUAUCGCCAUUGUUGUUUUCUAUUAUUAUUAUUAUUAUUAUUAUCAUUAUUAUCGUCAUGCACGCGAUUGGUAGAGUGAAAUUUUUUAGUCAAAGAUAAAUUUUAGAGAAAAAAAAUAAUCGGAAAAAUUAAGUUUCGGAAUGCAGUUACGUACGUCAAAAUUAUUAUAGUCGAAUAUAAGCCAAAGUGAUCCAGAAUGGAAAGUGGAAAAUGAAAAAUGAAAAAUGGGAAAAUAGAAACGGAAAUUAAAAAAGAAAAUAAUGUAAUUACGAAAUUAUAAGAAAAAAGUUAUGUACAAAUUUUCAUUAGAUAUUAAUGUUUGUAAAAAAGCAAAGAAAAAAGAAAAAAAAGUUGGAAAAAAAAAGAAAAAAAUUCUCCGUAAUUCUUAAUAUAUUAUUAUAUAUAAAUAUAUAUACAUAAAUAUUAUAGUAAUUACCGUAGUGAGAAAUGUUUUGUCUUAUGUCUCAAUUAGGAAAUAAUAAAUGGGCGCUCGCUGUUUAAUGACAUUAAAAAAAUGAUUAAAUAAAUAAAUGAAUAAAUAAAUAAAGAAAUGAAUGAUGGAGGAAAAAAAAACUUAUUGUUGAAAGGUAAAUGGUGAAAUGAUGAAUGCCCGUUUUUUCGGUGCUACGUAUCUACGUUAGAAAAAAAGUUUGAUGACGACGAGUGCGUUGUGUCGGGUCUUGCAGUGAGAAAUCAAGGCACAUGAUCUAUGAGUGAUUAUUAUAUCAUUCUUUCAUAUAUCUCUUGUAAUAAACACAUGUACACAUAUUACACUUAUACAAAGUCAUGCGUUACGGACACCUUCGACGCACGAGAUGGGGCAUCACUUCUUUUUUCACUUAGGAUUAAACAUGUUACAUGUUCUACGCAUAUCUCUAUCUCUCUCUCUCCCUCUCUCUCUCUCUCUCUAUAUAUAUAUAUAAAUACAUAAAUACAUAUAAAUAUA